UCACAGAUAUGUUUAACAAUACAGUAAUCUCUCUUUCUUCUUCGAAAUUCCUCCUUACCUUCUCUCCUCCUAUCAUUUUGCGCACCAUGCUCUCCCACCUCAGCUCUUAUUCGCUCACUCCAGCUCAAAACAUUUGUGCAGUUAGUUCGAGCUCCAUCGACUCCUGUGUGUGAGAGCGUGCUGAUGGAUGUGAGAAGUGAAGUAGCCUAGAUUUGAUAACAUCUUGGAAUUAUUUUUCUAAGAACACCUGUAGAAAGAUUGUGCACUGGGGAACUAUUCUAAGAAGGACAAUAUCCAUAUAAAUGCAACGUUUUAUUUGGGAAAAAAUAACAACAAAUGGUUAUCUUUACCUUCAUGGAUGUCGAGGACAUUAGUGAAAACGCUCACCAACACUGAUGGCAGUGUUCUGCAAUUUGCAUCUAUGUUUUUGGACUUUUCAUAAUACCAAGACCGUAAGCUCUUCUUCUUCUUCUUCGGGUGUCUUCUGAAAUGCGCUAGAGGAGCUGAAAGGAAGGGGGAGAAGGACAACACAAUGAGGGGAAAAUACUUUCUGCUCGGUUACUUGUUGGUCAAAGUUAUAGCACUGGUCUGCAAGGCGGACGGAGAACCAGGACAACUGGAUGGCUUUGUCAUGAUGACGACCUCCAACGGAUCUAGGGAGGACGAGGGCGCAGGCUUCUCAGAGCCCCCACACACAGAGGACCGGUGCCGGGGGUACUAUGAUGUGAUGGGCCAGUGGGACCCGCCGUUCGUUUGCAAAACGGGCGAUUAUCUGUAUUGCUGCGGCACCUGUGGCUUUCGGUUCUGCUGCUCCUACAAGACCUCGCGGCUGGAUCAGAGCACCUGUAAAAACUACGACACUCCGGUGUGGAUGAUGACAGGUCAAACCCCGUUUAAGAAAAAUGACCUCCGGCACGACCCCACCAAAGAUAAAACUAAUUUAAUCGUGUAUAUAAUCUGUGGAGUAGUCGCUAUCAUGGCACUUGUUGGGAUAUUCACCAAACUCGGCCUGGAAAAGGCGCACCGACCACAGAGAGAGAAUAUGGCUAGGGCUGUCCAAAGCGUGUUACAGGUCGGCUGUCCAGGUGAGCAGUUUCAGGGGGAGGACACCCUUGGCAUGCAGGCACAGCACUAUGACACAAGGGCCAACAACCUCCAGGGAGGUCAGAUUAACAACACCGUGGGCCAGCCACACCCCUACCCUGCUCUGAGCCAGCUGGCUCAUGUCUAUGAACAGCAACAACCUGGGAAGGAACUCAACAAGUAUGCCUCGCUCAAGCUCGUCGCGGCCAAGGCCAACGGCGACUUCUACAACAAGCGGCGUCUGAUGGUGGAACUGCCAUCUGAAGGUGGCCUCCCCCUCCAACACAUGAACGCCAUGCGACCUAUGAACGCCAUGACCAACAACCCUAUUUCCCACAACCCAAUUAAUAACACCACCAUGACCCACAAUCCAAUGAACAACCCCAUGGCCCACAACAACCCCACGGCCCACAUCAACCCCACGGCCCACAUCAAGCCCAUGUCUCACAACAACCCCAUGGCCCACAACAACCCCAUGGCCCACAUCAACCCCAUGGCCCACACCAACCCCAUGGCCCACACCAACCCCAUGGCCCACAACAACCCCAUGGCUCACACCAACCCCAUGGCUCACACCAACCCCAUGGCCCACAACAACCCCAUGGCUCACAACAACCCCAUGGCCCACAACAACCCCAUGGCCCACAACAACCCCAUGGCUCACACCAACCCCAUGACCCACAACAACCCCAUGGCCCACAACAACCCCAUGACCCACAACAACCCCAUGGCUCACACCAACCCCAUGGCCCACAACAACCCCAUGACCCACAACAACCCCAUGGCCCACAACAACUCCAUGGCCCACAACAACCCCAUGGCCCACAACAACCCCAUGGCCCACAACAACCCCAUGGCCCACAACAUCCCCAUGGCCCACAACAACCCCAUGGCCCACAACAUCCCCAUGGCCCACAACAAUCCCAUGGCCCACAACAACCCCAUGGCCCACAACAACCCCAUGGCCCACAACAACCCCAUGGCCCAAAACAUCCCCAUGGCCCACAAUCCCAUGAAUACCAUCAGCCCCCUGGGCUCCCUGGGCCCAGAGCCCGUGGCCACCUACAUCACAGAGAUGCCCAGCAGCUUGCCCAUUCUAUCCAGCUCCCACCAGGGCUCCACCAUGCCAGCCGCGCCCAAGCAGAACGCACAGAAGCUCCAAAGACUCAGCAGCAGUGGCUGUGGCGGUGACAGAGUCAGUAAUAAAGGUUCAGGAGCCAUGACUAUGUCCAGCAUGACUAGAACAGGGACUUUCCCGGGGCCUCACCGCCACACCGGGACGGUUCCCGGGCCUCACCACCAACAACAACACCACCACCAACAUCAAGAGCAACAACACCACCCACUGGCCUACAGCUCCAACACCAUCGCAGCCCCCAGGGGGAUGGGGGGAGGGGUGGGUCUGAAGGGCUGGGACGGGACUGAGACGGUAGGCAGAAGGAAGGGUUACGGCUCCAAGAGGCCCCAGUGUACGGUGGAGCAGAUCAACAAGCUGCACAGUCAGUCCCGCUCCCAGAGCCACAGUCAGCACUUCCUGCCCACUCAGCCUUACUUUGUGACCAACAGUAAGACGGAGGUAACUGUGUGAGAGAGUGGGAGAAGGGGACGAAGGUUGCCCAAAGCAGAGUCACCCAAUAGACAAAGAGGGAGAGGACAGAGAUGGUGGUGUGUAAGGCCCAGGUUGUUUUGUGUCUUUCUGGGAGCGGGGGCCAGAACAGUGCACCCUGGUGGUGUGGCAGUGUGCUUGCGUGUGCCGUCCAGUAUGAGUGUGUAACUGCACAUGUGACUGUCAGUCAAUCCUACACAGAUCCUCAGUCAGAGGGCAACGGGGGCGGGAUUGUAUAACCAUGGCAACAUCCAACGGAAGUAUUAAAUUCAUUGUGUGUGUUAUAAUAUCUCCUGUGUAAUGACAACAUUAUCGACCAAUGACAGUGAAACGUGAAUCCAGCAACAGCAAAAGGAAACAUGAGAUUGCCAUGGAUUGCAUUACCAAAUCUGACAAGCAAUAUGAGAUCCAUGGACACCACAACGGCUGGGGCUACAACAUUGACCAGGGAAACAACAAACUGAGGGGAAAGGAAAAGACAUUCAUUAAGGAGGCUCUCUCCUACAAAGCCAUUGAAUCAGCCACAGUUUUCGGGUUAUGGGAUAUGGCUACGAACAUUAUGGGCUUUGUUCUGUGCUUGUAGCCUUGAGAAGUCUCUUGGUCAUCAACACAGAGAAUGGAGGCUGUUGUCCUGUAUAUUUGAUGUAGAGUACUUGAUCACAGCUGACCCGAAGGCAAGGAGGCUGAAGCAUCAUCUAGAGGAUAGUACUGUACUCCUGAAAGACUCAUCAGUCCCAAUGCUGUUCACACAUAGAAUCAGAGAGAAUCUGUGAUCCAAUAUUUAAAGAUGUGACUACAGACCAUGGCCAUCUGUAGUGAUACCAGCAAGCUUUUAUAUUCCCCUUUUUCUCUCUCUUUCAUUCUCUCUAUCCCUCUGAGAAAAGGCAACCUUCAGGUAAAGACAAGGUAAAGAGAGAGAAAGUGGUUCUGAAUCGUUUCUGUUCUAGAGUGUAUGGCGAGUCCCUUGAUAAGAACUAUGAAACCCCGAUUGAGAGAUAUCCCUCACCUGUAUUAUUGCGACACAGUAUUGUGAUUUAUAUAAUGUACCAACAUUUGUAUUUCUGUUUGUAUUUUUGUAUGACUGUGUCCUCUUGACCUUUGGCCAUCUCUUCACUCUGGCAUUUGUGGAAAAUACUGUUGCUAGGGUAUCCAAAUAUAUAAUGGUCUAAAAGUAGAAGACAAAACCUUUUCAAGCAAAUCGAACAGUCAAAUCUAUACAAGCUGAAUUUAUAGUCCCAUUUCAGCCUAUAGAAAGCAUACUGCAUUCACUUAUUGUAAACAUCCCCCAUGUGUUUCUGAUUGUAAACAUCCCCCAUGUGUUUCUGACUGUAAACAUCCCCCACGUGUUUCUGACUGUAAACAUCCCCCACGUGUUUCUGACUGUAAACAUCCCCCACGUGUUUCUGACUGUAAACAUCCCACCCGUGUUUCUGACUGGAAACAUCCCCCACGUGUUUCUGACUGUAAACAUCCCCCACGUGUUUCUGACUGUAAACAUCCCCCACGUGUUUCUGACUGUAAACAUCCCCCACGUGUUUCUGACUGUAAAUAUCCCCCAUGUGUUUCUAAUUGUAAACAUCCCCCAUGUGUUUCUGAUUGUAAACAUCCCCCAUGUGUUUCUGAUUGUAAACAUCCCCCAUGUGUUUCUGAUUGUAAAUAUCCCCCAUGUGUUUCUAAUUGUAAACAUCCCCCAUGUGUUUCUGAUUGUAAACAUCCCCCAUGUGUUUCUGAUUGUAAAUAUCCCCCAUGUGUUUCUGAUUGUAAACAUCCCCCAUGUGUUUCUGAUUGUAAAUAUCCCCCAUGUGUUUCUGGCUGUAAACAUCCCCCAUGUGUUUCUGACUGUAAACAUCCCCCAUGUGUUUCUGAUUGUAAACAUCCCCCAUGUGUUUCUGAUUGUAAACAUCCCCCAUGUGUUUCUGGCUGUAAACAUCCCCCAUGUGUUUCUGGCUGUAAACAUCCCCCAUGUGUUUCUGACUGUAAACAUCCCCCAUGUGUUUCUGACUGUAAACAUCCCCCAUGUGUUUCUGACUGUAAACAUCCCCCAUAUUUUUCUGAUUGUAAACAUCCCCCAUGUGUUUCUGACUGUAAACAUCCCCCAUAUUUUUCUGAUUGUAAACAUCCCCCAUGUGUUUCUGAUUGCAAACAAACCCCUCAUUUGUUUCUUUUCUUUCUCUUCUCUCUUCUUUGCUCAUGUAAAGGACGUCACACUGCUUGUUUAUCGAGUGCCACUUCCUCCCAAUUUGGCCCAUACCAUUUUGCCUCCCAAGUGGCGCAGAGGUCUAAGGCACUGCAUCUCAGUGCUAAUGGUGUCAUUACAGACCCUGGUUCGAUCCCGAGCUGUAUCACAACUGGCUGUGAUCGGGAGCCCCACAAUUGGCCCAGUGUCGUCUGGGUUAGGGGAGGGUUUGGCCGGGGUAGGCCGUCAUUGUAAAAUAAGAAUUUGUUCUUAACUGACUUGCCUAGUUAAAUAAAAAAAAUAAAAAAAAUCCUAGUGCAAACUCUGCCUUGCUAGGACACGUGACCACCCUCCUGAAGCGUCUUACCAGUCAGCGCCACUCGAAAAGCUAGCUAUACACUGGUGAAAGUGGGGACACUUCAGGCUGAGGAGUAAGUUUCACACGUCUCCAUGUGCUACAUUCACCCCCAAACUUACUCAACUGCGACCCCAGCGUAACUGUACAUCCGAGUCAUUAGGCACCACUGUAAAGGACGUCACGCUGCUUGCUUAGCCAGUACCACUUCCUCCCAAGUUGGCCCAUACCUGGCGCGAACUCAGGACCUCUGCCUGGCUGACCAUCCUCCUCACACCUGACCAUCCUCUUAGAAGCGAUUUACAAGUCCGCUCCAUGUGAAAAGCUAGCUAUUCGCUGGCGCAUGUAGAGACACUUCAGGAUUAGGAGUAAGUCUCACACAUCCCCAUGUGCUACAUUGUGUAAGCCAUGAUAAAUAACAUCAAUGUUUUCAGGAUAUGCAUUAUCACAAUUCUCAAUUGAAUUAAUCCAGCUUUGCGGAAAUCUGGAAAUAUGAACCCCAAACCAUCAACAUUAUAGUUCACACUGCUCUCAGUGCAGCGGGAAGGCAGAUGGGAAGCAGGCAGGGAGGGAGGCAAACCAGGCAGGCAAAGGAACUCAAACAGAACAUAUUUUGUCUGAGCAGUGCACUGGGAAGGCAGGUAGGGAGGCAGGCAGAGAGGCAGGUAGGGAUGCAGGCAGAGAGGCAGGGAGGGAGGCAGGCGGGCAGGCAGGCAGGCAAAUCAGGGAGGCAAAGCAGCUCAAGCAUAACAUAUUUUGUCUGAGCAGCAUUCUGCACUCAGCAUAACUUAAUAGAAAAGAGUCAUCCUUCACACUGUGUUCUUCCCAGCAGCAGACUCGGAGUGCAUUCAGAGCACAGUUGGUCAGCGGGACUCACUCUGAAGUAGCAGUCAUACAGCUCUGAGACGCUGAGAGGGCAGGAGAAACUGGAGUAUUACUAGUGUAGUAUAUUACUACUUUGUCAAUGAUUGCCUUCUCAUGACUGUCCUUAUAGUAAUGUUAUGAUAUCAUAGCUUUAUCAUUUCCAUAGUUUUACCUGGCUUGAUUCGGCCCACUCCGACAAAGUGACAGUCCCUAGCAGACCAUUCCACACUGGCACACCAUUUAGAAUGCAUGGCCAUGCCAAUGCAUUCCCUCAUUCUAAGUGCGCCAGUCUGGAUAUUGGAAUGGAGCCUAAUUCCCCCUCAUCACAUCUGAUCCUUUCUUCCCCUCUAAAGCCAGGUGUCUGAAAUUAGCAGAUCGCCGAGCCAGCCAGCUCCAGCCUACCCAGCCUAGUUCCUGAUUGACCUGCUGCCAAAGAAAAUUGUUUCUGCUCGGCUGAAAGGAGCGAAAUUAAGACUAGAUGGUGCGAGUGGCCUAAUUAGUGGAAUCAGACCCUCCUGUUCCCCCGCUCUGCUCUUGCUUCACGGUAGCAAAUUGAUCGAAGGAGUCGGGUGGUCGAUACAAUCAGGGCUGCCAGGCAUGCAGCUGAAGUCUUGUAUUAACUGCCUAGCUGAAUAUGAUUUAGUAUUGUGUAGUAUAGUGUUGCUCGUUAAUAACAACAAUCACCCUGGAUUUCUAUAUAGCUUGAACAUAAACUGCCCCUGAUUGAGAGACCAAUUAACAUAAACUACCCCUGAUUGAGGGAGCAAUUGAGGGAAAAGUGUACAGUACCGAUUGUCACUCAAAGAGGACCUGUGUGAACCCGGAGAUAUUUUGUGUGUAUAAUAAAUGUGAUUUUGUUCAUUUUCUUGGAAACCUGAAAACGUGUUGAAACCAUUCUUGUAAAGGUGUCUAAAGGAAGUGACUCAUUAGAAUGUUGGGACGAUGUUUGAAGCCACUACACCGUUAUUCUCUUUCUCUGUCAAACUUAAUUUGGUGGUUUCAUUUGAUUUUCCUCCUACAACCUUGAAGUGAGGAAGUUGAGAUAAUUACAUAUAAUUACAAUCUUGCGCCUAUCAUCUCAGAAAAGAAGUGACUGAAGGGAAUCUGUAGAGAGAGAGGGAGAAAAUAAAAACCUCUCUAAACCGUCAACAUCAGACUCUCGCGUUCUUUCAGCUGCCUGCUGUAACAGGGAGAAACUCCACCUGGAAACUCAACAUAAAAACUAAUCUUGGAAACUCGGUGUAGGGGGGGGGGUUUGAGGACUUUUUCAACCAAUAAGAUAAACAAACCAGAUGAGAUUAAACCUGACCUUAAAAUACCUGCCAUUACUACUUACCAUUAUUGACAUUUAUAAUAUAAAAUCAGAAAACAUCUGCAACCCACGCACACACACACACACACACACACACACACACACACACACACACACACACACACACACACACACACACACACACACACACACACACACACACACAUACACGUACACAUACACACACUCCCACAGUAAUCAGCAUCAGUAAAGGUAUCAGGAUUGUGAGCACUGAAAUAUAAUGGAAGUUCUCUAAAUUCUUAUAAAAGAUUAAAAUGAGCAAUAUAGUCACCGGCAUCAAUUUUGCAGAUUACCCAACCAAAUGUAUUUUGAAAAAUGUAUUUGUCCGUGAAUGUUAUGUUUGUAUGAUUUGAUUGUACUGAGUAUGUUCCACAGGUUACAUCAAGCUUAAAACAUAACGGAGGCUUAUACUCAGAACAGAAAUUGGAAGUGUAUUAGAUUAUGAACUCUUUACCACCGUUCUGUACUAACCAGAUAAGCAAACCAGGUGGGGAUGUCAGCAAUUAUUGUUACACCAUUCUGUAUGACAGAGAAACAUAUCUGUAUUUAUCAAGCAGUAAAACAAGAAUACAUACAAUGGGCUGAUAUUAAAGGACUUCUGCAGGUCUGAUUUCUAUAAGACAUUUUACAUUGUUUAUUUGGUUACACAGAAGAGGUGAGCUGAAUCAAUUCCAGUUAAUUCCAGUUCCACCCUGUCGUUGAAACUAUGGAAUGUUGAAUCAUGCUUUUGUCUGCUCUGCCAACCUGUUGAUUUUAUGUCAUUCUGCCUUCUAUCAAAAACUUUCUAAACUAAAUAUUGUACUGUAUACACAUGAUGAGGGGGAAGAUAUCAAACAACAUCUGCAGUUUCUCUUACAUCUGAUUAAGGGGUUUGUUCCAAUAGGAGGUAUCUCAUUAAGUUAUUAUCUGAUAUCAGAAUCAAUGGAAGGGUAUCAAACCCAUACAAUCUGUGUGUUUGAUAUUUCUGGGGUUUGAACUCUAUUGCAAUCAAGGGCCAAUGGAUACAGUUGCCAUGGAAUGAUUCAUGUGCUUUCUAUAAACUACAGUAUAUAAAUAUAAUCCAUAGAAACCACAUGCUUUAAUAGAUUCUUACAUUUAUUAGAUCAUCUGAAUUGUAAUCAUGCAUUAAUCAAUAAAAGUCUGUUUUUGAUGUUCAACUCAUUCUAUGAUAUUUAUAUACACUACUGUUCAAAGGUUUGGGGUCAUUUGGAAAUUUCCUUGUUUUUGAAAGUGAAGAGUUGCCUCCAGGAUGCUGGCCUUCUAGGCAGAGUUGCAAAGAAAAAGACAUAUCUCAGACUGGCCAAUAAAAAUAAAAGAUUAAGAUGGGCAAAUGAACACAGACACUGGACAGAGGAACUCUGACUAGGAUGCCCGCAUCCCGGAGUCGCCUAUUCACUGUUGACAUUGAGACUGGUGUUUUGCGGGUACAAUUUAAUAAAACUGCCAGUUAGGGACAUGUGAGGUGUCUGUUUCUCAAACUAGACACUCUAAUGUACUUGUCCUCUUGCUCAGUUGCGCACCAGGGCCUCCCACUCCUCUUUCUAUUGUGGUUAGGGCCAGUUUGCGCUUUUCUGUGAAGGGAGUAGUACAGUGUUGUACGAGAUAUUCAGUUUAUUGGCAAUUUCUCGCAUGGAACAGCCCUCAUUUCUCAGAACAAGAGUAGACUGAUGAGUUUCAGAAGAAAGUUCUUUGUUUCUGGACAUUUUGAGCCUGUUAUCGAACCCACAAAUGCUGACGCUCCAGAUACUCAACUAGUCUAAAGAAGGCCAGUUUUAUUUCUUCUUUAGUCAGAACAGCAGUUUCCAGCUGUGCUAACAUAAUUGCAAAAUGGUUUUCUAAUGAUCAAUUAGCCUUUUAAAAUUAUAAACUUGGGUUAGCUAACACAACGUGCCAUUGGAACACAGGAGUGAUGUUUGCUGAUAAUGGGCCUCUGUACGCCCAUGUAGAUAUUCCAUUAAAAAUCUGCCAUUUCCAGCUACAAUACUAAUUUACAAUAUUAACAAUGUCUACACUGUAUUUCUGAGCAAUUUGAUGUUAUUUUAAUGGACAAAAAUGUGCUUCUCUUAAAAAAAAAAAAAACAUUUCUAAGUGACCCCAAACAUUUGUACGGUAGUGUACAUAUGUGUAUAUUUAUACAUUGGACUGAACACUGCAUAGUAUGAGUGAUUAUUAGUCAAGCAUAUUUUAUUAUAGAGCCUAUCCCAUACUCUUGUUUGAACAGUAGCUAUAAGAAUACAUUGCUGCCCCACUGUUGCCAGUCCUGACCUAUGAUUUGUGAGGUUCAGUUAUGGGGUAGCUGUAUUACUGUUAAAUUAUAAAUAGAUAUAUAAAAAUAAAAAAUAAAAAUAUAGCAAAGUUUUGUCCGAGAAUAUAUUACUAUAGUGUUGCUAUGAAUUUGUCUUUUUUAGUUUAUGGAUUGACUGGAGUUUCUUCUUUUUUCAUUUUUUCAACAACUCAUUUGAUGUUGAAAAAUGUUCAUUUGUCAUCUACAGAUUACUAUCAGUGUUCUAUAUUCAACUUUCUUAUGUGGCAAUAAAAAGAUGAGUACAUCACUUCUGAAAA